GCAGCACUGAUGUUCUGUCGGUGGUUCUAAUAAUAAAACAGAAGAAGACGUCAGAACAUGUCUGAGUACGCCACAGUGCAGAAGAGUGCUCUGAAAUUAAAGGGAGUAGGAGACAUUUCAGCUGGGAAAAAGAAGAAGAAGAAGGAUAAACAGAGUAAACAUCGCUUGGAGCAGGUAGCGACCAGCCAGAACGAUGAGGAGGUGAAAACCAAGAAGGCUUAUGUUGACAAAAGGACACCGGCACAAAUGGCUUUUGACAAGAUGCAAGAAAAAAGACAAAUGGAGCGGAUUUUGAAUAAAGCAUCGAAGACUCACAAACACAGAGUCGAGGACUUCAAUCGUCACCUGGACACCCUGACUGAGCAUUACGAUAUCCCAAAGGUCAGCUGGACCAAAUAGACGAGGAGCCACUGUUCACUUUUUCUUUGUACAAAAUUAACGCUGUCAUUUUCUGUUAUUUGCAAGUUUUAUAUAUUUACAAUUUGGCAUUUGUUCUUAUGUUGAAAUUCCUGAUGUAUGCAAUAAAGAGUUGAACUAUA